AAUAUGUCCAUUAUCAGAGUCAAACUGCAACAGACGCGCGUUGUAAACACAGACUGUUCAGUCACCAGUGUUUACCGCGAGCUCCUUGAGAGACGCUGCUCGUAAGUUCUUGUUUACUGCGACUGUUAUAAGUUCUGGUGUUGUGUUUUUGAUAUACAACCAUGUUAUAUCAGUGACCGGACGCAACCAAUCAAACAUGGUCCAAGCAGUCCCGGCGGACAUUCCGAAGCAGGUGAUCAAAGAGGAUGUACUGGCGAGCCUCAUCGGUCACUUCGGCAGGUGGCAGCUGAUGAUAUGUCUGACGAUACCCAUUAUAAAGUUCUCGUCGGGCUGGGUACAAAUGGCGAUAGUAUUCCUCACACCAAAAACUACUUUUUGGUGCACAGACUUCGGAGACAAUUCCACGAGAAUAGGAGACAAUAUGACCUGUUACGAUGAGUGUGCGAAAUACAGCUACGAUGCCUCGCCCUUCAAUAAUACUAUAAUAUCAGAAUGGGACCUGGUUUGUGAGAGAAGCUGGCUGACGAGCCUUACUCAGAUGAUGCUGCAGUUGGGUGUCCUGCUGGGUAGCAUACUUUUUGGAUUUUUCUCUGACAGAUAUGGCAGAAGAAAAACUUUGUUGUUGUCCGUGGUCGGGUUGAUAGUGUUCGGAUUCGCCGUGUCCUUUUCUCCAGACUACAUCACGUUCACAACCUUAAGGUUCCUCCUCGGCGUGGCAACCGCUGGAACUAUGGUCGUCUCUUUUGUACUCAUCAUGGAGACGAUAGGACCGAAGUAUCGUGAAGUGUGUGGCUGUCUCUUUCAACUGCCUUUCAUCAUCGGUCACGCGACGAUGCCGAUAUUUGCGUUUUAUAAUAGAAGCUGGGACUCCUACAGUCUCGCCAUGGCAGUUCCUCCGCUGAUCUACUUAGUAUUCUUCUUCACAGCACCGGAGUCUCCAAGAUGGCUUAUCUCAAUGGGAAAAACAGAUCAAGCAAGUCGCGUCGUCACUAAAGUAGCUGAAAUGAAUAAACUUCCGACAACCAAAGUAGAGGAGACCAUAAAAAGCUUGUCCGAAGAAAUCCGCUCAAAGGCGACCACUGUGAAGCCGCACUACGGAGAUCUAUUUCGAGGUUCUCUGAUGAUAAAGACGAUAAGUUCCUGCGUCAUAUGGAUGAUCACCGGCCUGACCUACUACGGCUUCAACCAGUACGUCAGCCAGACCAGCCCCAACCCCUUCAUCACUGUAGCAGCUGCGGGACUCAUUCAGAUUCCAUCUAUAUUCAUAUCAAUAGUCCUGCUCAAGUAUUUCGGUCGCAAGACGACGAUCGUUACCUUUUUUGUUUUGGGAGGUCUCUUCGUCCUAGUGUUGGGUUUAGUGUCAGGUAGUUUCUGGACGAAUUUAACACUAGCAUGUGUCGGAAUCAGCUGUGUGUCCGUAGUUUGCACGUGUGUGUAUAUUUACACAUCAGAAUUAUUCCCAACCGUGGUCAGGAAUAUGAGUAUGGGGGCUUGUUCCACGUGUAUGAGGAUCGGCUCGAUGAUAGCUCCUUUCAUCUCCAACUUGUCGGAAACUGUGCCCUGGAUGCCGACCGUUAUUUUUGGAUUCGCCCCACUGUUAGGAGCUCUAAUCUGUCUCAUGCUACCAGAAACUAAAGGGACAACUCUACAGGACGUAAUAGAUAGUAAAGAAGAACAAAAAACGUGAAUAAUUAUAGUUAGAUGUGAUUUUUUAAUAUAAAUUAUUUAUUGAACGUACGAAUACGUUUUGUACAUAUAAGUAUAUUGUAUAUAGUAAAGAUGUAAAAUACGUGCCUUAUGAAGGAACUCUGUUCUCAGGGUGUAAUAAGUUAAAAUCCUUAUUCCUAUAAAUCUGUCAUUGUAAACAUUAUUUGAAUUGUAAGUUUAAAUAUAUGGUUUAUAUUUC